ACAGCUGUUCGCUUGUGAUGAUGCCCGCUAUCGGAGAUUCUGGACAAUUAUUGAACACAUUGUUGGUGGAAAUAUUUUGAUUUUGAACAAAAUGUGUUAUCUGUGCACACAGUGCACGGAUGAUGCCAUUGGCAAUAUUCAGUUUGGUUCCACCGAAGCUCAAAUUCUGCAAAUGAAUGAAAUCAUCGAAAAGCACUUUUGGCUACAGACUAAAGACGCCAGCGGACACGUGUGUGGCGCUUGCUGGGAUCAAUUGUUUGCCUUUCAUAACUUCUAUGAAAGCGUUGAGCAGGCACACAAGCAACUAGCCGCAAAUGUCGCCAAAGAAAGUGAAAACACAACAAACACAGCUGCUCUUUUGCUGCCACGCGAUGUUAUUAAGCAAGAGACUGUUCCUCCAGAGAGUGUGGCGGCAGCUGUGAAGCGGCGACGUGGGCGUCCACGGAAGCAAUUGCCGCCAGAAGAAGCAACAUGUAUUGACAGCAGCGAAUUUAAAGCCGUUUUGGAGCAAAUCAAUCUCAAUGAAAUCAAAAUUGAGUUUCCCGAGGCGGAUUUAAGCAUAGCCGAUGUGCUAGAGGAGCAAGAUCAAGAUGAUGAUGAGGAGGAGCACACCAUGUCAGACUAUCUGCAGCAGAGUGUGGGCGGCGAGAGCGAAACUCUGGAGGUGGCCGUCAAGCCCAAACCGAAAACGAAAACAGUACGGAAGACAAAGACGAAGAAACGACGCUGUGCCAAGAAACUGAAGGUGAUUAAACAACCGAAAAAGCUGCCUAGCGACAGUGUGCACAACAUGGCCAAAUCGAAAGAAUUCAAUGACUAUAUACGCGAUCACUACAAAGUCAUCUGUCCAAUCUGCAAUGGUGCCAUGGAGGACUUCACUGAGCUCUUAGUUCACACACGCAAGGAACACAAUCAGCGUGGCUAUGCGUUGUGCUGCAAUCGCAAGUUCUGGAAGCGCGGCGUGCUUGUGGAUCAUCUGCGUCGGCAUCAGGACCCCGAACUUUUCAAGUGUCACAUUUGCCAGCGUGUGAUGGGCCAUCGACGCAGCCUGGAGCUGCACAUGCGCAUGCAUGAGAUCAAACAGCGUGGACGUCUCUAUCAGUGCGAGCAAUGCUCAAAGAAAUUCUACAGCGCAGUGGUCUGCGAACGCCACAAGCUGACACACAUUCCCAAGGAGCAGUGGCUGGUUAACUGCACCAGCUGCAGCAAGACCUUCCCCAAUGAAUAUCUGAUGCAGCAGCAUGUGAAGCUGGUGCAUUUGCGCAAGUUUGACAAGAUUUGCGAUGUGUGCGGCAAGUCGGUACGAGGUCGUGAGGCUCUCGUGCGUCACAUGGAGGAGCACACGGGUGUGCCGCAAAAGGUCAUCAAGUGUGAUCUCUGCGAAUCAACGCUGACCACCAAAUACGGGCUAGCACGGCAUAUAAAAAUGAUGCACACAGCGGAGAAUCUGCAGCCCAUACAAUGCGAGUACUGCCUAAAAGUUUCACCCAGUUUGCAGGCGCAUCAGCAUCACAUCAAGUACACACACAACACGGCACGUUCGCAUCAAUGCCCCAUGUGCGAGAAAGCCUUUAAGCGGCCCAAUGAGUUGCGUGAGCAUAUGACGACGCAUACAGGCGAAGUUCUGUAUACCUGUCCGCACUGCCCAAAGACCUUCAAUUCGAAUGCCAACAUGCAUGCGCACCGCAAGAAGAUGCACUUCAAAGAGUGGCAGGAGUAUCAUCAUCAGCAUCAGGCGCGACAUCGUAACUCCGAUACCAUUAUCUCGGUCAGCGUGCGCAAGACAACCGAGCGCACCAAGGAGGCAGCCGCUGAGGCGUCGGUUGUCGUUGUUGGCGACAUUGUCGCUCUGUCGUCGGAGUGUUGAUCCAAGUGCCCUUUUUUGUAAUCAAUCGAACAACAUUGAAAAUGUGCCCACUUUUCGGGGGCGUAAUCAGAGAGUGUAUAAAGUUUAAAAAACAAUUUGUAGCUGCGAUUUUUAAUUGAAAAGCGAAGCGUUUAAUGGAAAACGAUUUCAAAACCGGUUACAGCUGGUUCCUUCAGACAGCCAGCUCAUUUCGAACUGGUAUAAGACAACAGAGCUCUCUGGGUACGCGUUAUCAACAACACAUUAAGGUCGAAGCUGCGUGGUUACGUUAUGUCGUUGAAUACAUAUAGAGCAUGGUUCAGUAUUCCGGAGCAAAUAAAUUAAG